GACUUUUUCUUUUGUUUUUGUAAACAAUUCAUUUACAAAGUAUUUGGGUGCGGGUUUUACCGAAUUGAAAAUCGGUCCUCUUGUAGCUAUACGUUCCUUCUUUCCAUCGCCGUUGUACUGUUGAAGUUCUUUUAUUGCGGGUGGUUUUCAUUCAUGGAAAAAAAUCAUUUAUAUUUCUAGUAUCCCUAAUGAAACUCAAAAUGCCAAAAAAUUGUGACAUCUGCUGAAUGCAAUGUUUCCGACCGAGAAACUCAUUAGAACUGAAUGUUUAUCACAAUUUUUGGGUCCGCCGAUUAAAUUACUGAACAAUGUUCUGCUGAAGUGAAAUGAACGCGUGCGAUUGACUGGCGUGAUCCUUUGACCAAUCGCAGAACGAGCUUGCGUACACUUUUCUGCCUUUCACUGGAAAUAAUCAUAAUUACCUAUAAGUAUCACCGCAGUUCUUUUGUUGUCGUUUCAAAACAUUCCCAGGUAUAUCAGCGGGUAGUCGAAGCAAAACGUUGAUGUAGGUAGCAAAGACUCUUUUUUUAAAAACUGACAGAAAAUCAGGGCCCAGUGAACAACUUGUUGCCUCAUUUGUCAAAGAAGUCGUAAAGAUACGUAAGUGUGGAGAUUCCCAACUUGUGAGAAGCAGUUCAUCCACUGAACCUGUGAUGAGACUAUUGGUGUGAUAACAUAUAUUUACACUUCUUUCAGUGAAGUGCAAACGGUGCAAAUAAGAUAAUUUCUAACCACGCGGUAUUAUUUAGCGCGAAAGAAGGGUAGAAACUGAGAACAGAUAAAACCUGCGUGAUAAAAGGAUGGCGAAUACUGUGAAUUUUAACAGGUACAAUGACCAACAAGGGGACAUAUAUGACGCACAGAGCGAAUCCUGCCACACAUCGGAGUCGCAGUUCCCGAUCCUGUCCACUCUCAAACCGUACUAUUGCCAGGACUAUCUCUCCCAAGACACCGUCCAAGAAUCCACGUCACCCAUCAGUCAAUACGGCCAGCAUCCCUUAGACAAUCACAGCCGGGAUAAAAACUUUGAUGAACCCGAUUCUAUAAAUCCCGUCUCUACGGGCUACACCCCUCCUCGGGAGGGGCCUGCGGCCAGUUAUGCUUGCCUGCAGCCAGUGGUUUCUCAGACUCGCAUGAGCGACACUCCGUAUUCGCUUCCAUACAGUCAAAAUGACAGUUAUGGCUAUGAAGUGGAUCCCAUGCAUUAUUACAGCAAUCCCAUGUAUACUCAGCCUUCUCAGCACCAACCAGUAUCCUCCCCAAUUCACAUGCCUCCCCCCAACUCAGAGGCCGUGGUGGCUCCCUUACCGUCUACUGCAUCCAUCCCUUCUAAUUCUUUUAAUCCAUGCAUCUAUUUAUGUAACAGAGAGUUGUGGAUCAAGUUCCAUCAGCAUACCACCGAAAUGAUCAUCACCAAGCAAGGAAGGAGGAUGUUUCCCACGCUACAAUUCAGUCUGAAUGGCCUGGACCCUCACAAACAGUAUAACGUUUUUGUGGACAUGAUUCUGGCGGAUCCCCAUCACUGGAAAUUUCAAAAUGGCAAGUGGGUGCCGUGCGGACAAGCCGAGCAGCUGUCACAAAACGGACGCGUUUAUCUUCAUCCUGAUUCCCCAAGUUCCGGAGCCCAUUGGAUGAAACAAGAUAUUGUUUUCGGGAAAUUGAAAUUGACCAAUAACAGAGCAGUGGAUCAGGGGCAGGUCAGCCAGAUUAUUUUGAAUUCCAUGCAUAAGUAUCAACCGAGAAUCCAUGUUAUAGAGGUAGGGUCACAUGGCCCAAACGAGCAGAAGAGCUUGCAGACACAUGCGUUUCCAGAAACUCAAUUUAUUGCCGUCACUGCUUACCAAAAUACCGAUAUUACACAGCUGAAAAUUGAUCACAAUCCUUUCGCAAAAGGUUUCCGUGACAACUACGAAGGGCGCCACAUUGACAAUACAAACCAUUCGCAUCAAAACUACCUGACGUACCCCCAACAAGGUUUGUUUCCAGCCAAUGUAGCUUUCACUGGAACGGCACCUGUGGCACGGGCUGUUACGUAUCCGCCUCAAAUCGCUACACAAUACCAACCCAACUCGAUCCAGGAAAACAUCAUUCCCAGCAUCCAUGACGUUUCCGGUAUGGGGGAAAUUAAACAAAUAGAAGAAGGUUGCUAUACUAACAACUAUAACUUCGGAACACAUAUGAUGAUGUCAGAUGCGAUAACUGUGCAAGGAGAACAGGUCAAAUGCGUCAUCAAAAAGGAAUUAAAUAGUUCCGAAUGUGGUCAACCUGCCUCUGUGACAUGUGAAAAUGACUUGAAAAGGGCUUUGGAACAGGUGUUUGAAUAUUCACAGGACAAUGACACUGAUAGUGAACAGCCCACAAAGAGAGCAAGAAUAUCUGAGAAUAAGUCCCUCUCACCAGACUCAAAGCUUUGUAAUCAAGACGAGACAGAGCAAGAAAACGAACAAAACAGGCCGGAAAUAGGCGAGGACUACCCCAAUGGGGACCUUUAUCUCAGUAACAAUAAGAAACAGGUGUUAGACCAUUCAGUAUUCCAGGGAAGUUUCCAGGGACAGCCAGCCUCAGUGUAUUAAUUCGUCUACCGUUACACCAUCCUUUGUUAUUGACGGUAUAUAAAUCCUU